GGUGUUAAAAUCACGUCGGGCAGGUAAAUGUAUCAGUCUGACAGAUUCAAACACGCUCGAGGAUGUGCACAGAUGUUUCUCUGUGGAAGUUAAGAAGGUGCGGGAAAAGUUCACGCGUUGUUGCGUAAACUUUGUUUCAGACGGAGUCACGUUUGGUUUUCAUUCAUUUGAUUUUUUGAGUUUUGCUGCUGUUUGGAGGCCUGAACCAUGUUGUUGGACGGUCUGUUCACUGCCCUGCUCCUUCUUAUCAGUGGAGUAUCUGUUGAGACUGUUCCUUCUCCAACAAACGUGAAUGUGAACUGCCACAAUCCCAAAGUCAUAGUCAGCUGGAAAUACAGCAACGAGCAACCACAGACCAUCUUCCGUGUAGAGAUCAUUAGUUCUUACGGCAGUCGCCAAUGGAAUACCACAGACCAUCAGUAUGAUCUCACCAAAUACAUCUGGAAAUCUCAAGAGAGCUACAUGGACAAUUAUUAUGUCACUGUAACAGCCAUACAAGGAGAGAAAAAGUCAGGACCAGUAAUAUCUCAAACAUUCAGCUUCAACAAUUUAAAGACCACUUCAUUAAAAUGUAUACUACAGUUCCCUCUUGUGAAUCUGAACGAGAAGGAUUCAGGAGCCACAGUGAAUUUCAUGAAUCCUUACCACCACUACAAAGAACUGAAGCAAGCUUCAAAGUCGGAUCAGGCCUCCUUUACAGUCACUGUCACUUCAGAUGAUGGAGAUCAGACCUUUGAUUGCUCAGCAAAAGAGGAAUACUGCAAACAUGAGGUCACAUUUCGUGAGACUGUGAAGAAGUGUGUCACACUGAAAAAGGGAUUCCUGGGUGCUCCCGAUUAUAUUGGCAGCGUGUGCUUCAAUACAACAGAUCCCAUCUGUGUCACUGAAUCAACUGCGAUCCAUGUGAUUACUCUUGUUACACUGCUGUCCGUCGUUGUCUUCAUAAUCGCUGCAGCAAUAAUUUGCAUCUGUAAGGCGAAGGCCUGGACGAUGGACAUACCUAGUCCACCAAAGUUUCUGGUAAGAUGUCUGCUACCAAACCACAGAGAGCAGGACUUGGAUUAUGACAAGGUGUCUAUCGCAGACAUCACUGUGGGACCAGCUUUCAUAUCCUACAAGGAUUCUUUAGUCAGCUCCGAGGAGGAGAACAGUCCCACGAAGAACCUUCAGGAUCACAGCAGCGGCUCGGAUUUUGAGUAUUCUGCUCGCGAGAAAAGAGGACUUUCAGAUAGCAGAAACCAAGAUCUAGAAGCUGCAGGGUUGUUAUCAGAGGGACAGAGGACAGAUGAUGACUCAGUGAAAACCGAGUGUGCCUCAAUGGAUUUGGGGGAGGAAGAGGAGGAGGAAGAAGAGGAAGAAGAGGUGGAAAGGUCUCCCUAUGACUGCCCACACACUGUGCAAGUGGACAUGGGAGAUGGAGACAUCGCCACAGGUUAUACCGGGAGGUAGAACAACUGUCAAAGGACUUGAUUUGGGAUUAAAGUUUAUUUAAUGAUGGUUUUAACUCCAGGACCUUUGUCACAUGCUUAUACCUCGGGGCUGAUUUUUAAGUCUAAACCUGUGUACUUGGGGAGUUGCUUCCUUGCUUAACAGAUCUCUGGGUGGAAGUUGGGAAUGUCAGGAUUGUUUGCGGCACUGUGGGCAAAUGGCUCCAGAAAAACAAGUGAACACAGAUCUCCAACCUAUACACAAAAGAGAUUGUUUGUUUGCCUUGUGGCUGUUUCGAGGCAAAUACAGAUAUGAGGAAGAAUCUGGGAACAACCAAGUCCUUCACUACAAAAUCAAAGAUCUGCAACACAAAGAGGGUUAAACAGACUUCAGGGAGGGUUGUCUGUGCACUGAACAAUGUAGAGCAACAUUUUUGAGUGUGACUUGUCACCAAGAUGCAGGAAUUAACACUGCUGUUUGACUCCAGGGAAACAAACCGGUGAUCUUCCAGUCACCUUCCAGCUGUUUUCUACCUGCUUACAGAUGUAUACAGCUUGAGCUGUGACCCUCAUUGUGACAUUUUAUCUUGUACCAGUGCAGAUUGUCAAGGAACGGGUACUUCAAAAGACAAGGGGCAUUUUUGUUUUUAUCUCAAGGAAGUUGUAUAAGCUCUUUUGUCUUUUUAGUAUAAGCUGAAACUGGUGGUUGUGUGUAGCUGCUACUCAUGAAGGAAAGUCAAUCUAAUGCGGCAUUUAAGUUUUUCAUGUUAUUUUUUUAGCUUCACAAACAUUAAACUCCUUUUGUACUGAAUGGUAGGGACACUUCCUGGUUGUUGUGAACAAGUAAGUUAUGUUUUUAUUUAACUGGGCACAAAAAAAUCGUGUUGACAGUCACACCUAUCAAUGCCACGCACCGGUACUUGUCACUCAAUGUAUCCAUUUACUGCUGCUUGACCUGCAAAACUGGCUCUGUGCAAUGCGGGGGAGUGUUUUUCUUUUGUUUGAGUGUUCAGCUUACUUCAUACCUCUUGUUGUUGUUAUACAGUUGCUAUUGUAAUAACAAUACUCAUUUUCUAAUUUUACACUUUAUCAUAUUGACAACUACUUCUGCUUCGAAUAUGAGAUGUAAAUUUAUCAAACAAAAUGGACUUAAACCAAGUUAUUUUUGUCCUUUACAGCCGAUGCUCGUUUUCGUGAGAAGAAGGAAUGUCAACAUGUUGCUUUGCCAAACAUUUACGAUCUGUUGUACGUCUGGCACUUAAAUGAAUACAGAGUCAGAGAGAUGAUUAUCAGUUCACCUGUGGGGAAAGUUUAUUAUGAUGAAAUCAACAUGAAGUCUCAAACUUUUUUUAAAGUGUUUUUU